CUCUUGGUGCGCGGAGAGGGGAGACUUUACGCACGGAUCCGUGAGGACAUGGAGUGCGUCGAAGGGACUCAGACUGUGUGAGAAGUUGUCCCUCGGACAUGGAGACGCAAAUGAAAAGACUCGUGAAGUCCCUCUUCAUCAUCUUCAUCACUCCCGCCUGGGUCUGAGGUGCAGCGGAGGAUGACACCUGCACCGCGCCUGUCGAGGACCGACGCGUUGCUCCAGGUUUGUUUUCUCUGAGGAGGAGGUGCACAGCCUCUGCAGGAGCGACUCUCUGGCUCCGGCUCUGCGGACACAUCACAACCCUGCGCGCUAACAUCGCAUCUUGUCCGCUGCGGCAGCAGGAGCUGCGCAAUUGUUUGCACCAUCGAGGACUGCGGAGGAAACAGUAGUUGGCUCCUACGCGAACAUCUCGUGUAAAUCUACUCACAGGUAAUGUCUCUGCCUCAGAGACUGAAACAGUGCACAGGCUACAUUUGCUCUCACCCUGACAUGUCUGCACCACUCGUCUCUUCACGCUGUUCCACUGCUGAGACUUCACGUCUUCUGGAAAUCAAGAAAUAAAAGAGAAGAAAACUCCCUCCCCUCUCCACACCAGGCUGAUCUCUGGGGUUCUGACUCACCAUGGGCACUGUACUAUCAUUGUCACCCGGCUCUCGCAAGUCAGGCUACUAUGACAACCGGCCGGGCUCGCUCAGCCACUACCCGAGUAUCAGCAGCCGCUCUCUCAACAGCCAGAAAGACCGCGGGCUGAAGAGGGGCCAGUCCAUCUUCCUCCCGGCGCUCACGUGGAAGCGACUGGUGGCCUCCACGAAGAAGAAGGGCAACUCCAAGAAAGGCUCCGGCGGCCCGGCGGCCCUCGGGGAACCGCUCAACAACAACAACAACAUCAACAUCUACCAAAAUGACCCUGUGCUGCACCUCAACCGCGAAAAUGUGAAGAAGUCGUUGUCGUGCGCCAACCUGACCAGCUACGAGGGCCCAGCGGGACUGGGCCUGGGGCUUGGCUACGGGAUGGGGAUGGGUCAGGGGCAUGGAUACGCCUACAGCAAAUCCCAGCUGCUGUCCUCUGUGAAGAAAGUCCCGGUGAACACAGUGACAUCGUCUCCGAAGCGUGUCAUCGUCCAGGCCUCCACCAGCGAGCUCCUGCGCUGCCUGGGGGAGUUCCUGUGCUGUCGCUGUUACCGCCUGAAGCAUCUGUCUCCGGCCGACCCGGUGCUGUGGCUGCGGGCUGUGGACCGCUCGCUGCUGCUGCAGGGUUGGCAGGACCAGGCCUUCGUCACACCGGCCAACGUCGUCUUCGUCUACAUGCUGUGCCGAGACGUCGUGGACGGCGACCUGGUGGCGUCGGAGCACGAGCUGCAGGCCAUCCUGCUCACCUGCCUCUACCUGUCGUACUCGUACAUGGGCAACGAGAUCUCGUACCCACUCAAGCCCUUCCUGGUGGAGGCGGGUAAGGAGGCCUUCUGGGACCGCUGCCUCACCAUCAUUGACGCCACCAGCGCAAAGAUGCUGCGCAUUAACGCAGACCCGCACUUUUUCACACAAGUAUUUGCCGAACUGAAGCGGGAAGGCGGCUGUGGGCCUCAGGAUUAUAACCGGGUGCUGGAUCGGUGAGAGCAGGACUGAGAGCACAUGCUUGCCAACCGCAUGCCUUUUUGUAUUUCAUGCACACAACCACUUGCACACAGACACACAAAUUAGUCUCAUACAAAUGUCCCUCCACUUUUUCUGCUGAUGUUCUGCAGAAACAAAGAAGGCCUGACUCGACUUUAUUUAUUCAUUCAUCUGUAUUUGUUGCCUCCCGAGAUAGAAACCAAGAAUUAAAACCGUUUCCUCUGAAGAUUAUCUCUGAUAACUGGCACAUAAACAGUCGUCCCCUCCUGGAAUAUCCACUCGAGUUUACAUAAAAAUGAGGAACCAUUUGCUCCACCUGUCCCCUCCGACCCCAUGUGGCCGGUCCCGGUCGUCCCAGCUGCCCCUGUGGAUCUGCACGGCCUCCUCUGUUACCUGAAUCUGAAUGUCAUCACUCAGCAUGAAGCAGGACGGGAGGUCACGUGACACCGCCAAGGAUUUCUCUCUGGUUCUGCUCACGACAACAUGGAUUCAGCUAACAUUUUCAUCAGUGACAGAAUAAUCCACAAGGGGCCGGGUUAUUUCCCGGACAAUACAAGGACACGUCUUGACAUCCACUGCUGGUUUAAGCCCCGAGUGCCAGCGGUGAGAAGUGACUCAGACUGAUGGGAGCAGCUGAGAGGACCAUGUUAGGUCCCACUGGUCCUGCUGUGCGCUGUGUAAUCAGGAGAGGAAAAAGAACAGGCUGUGUUUUGUGGAGCCUUCUGAGGGUCAUGUGGCCUGAGGGGACAGUUGCUGUUUUUUAUCUUUACCGGCUUGACCCUGCCUGUGGACUCCUCUGUGUUUGUCUGAUCUAAUCUGAAGACAGUUUCCUGGUGGAUCCUGAAUGCCUGACAUGUUUUGUGUAUGCACAGCCCCGUGUGUGUGUUCAUGUACGCAUAGGCAUUGUGCGGUGGACGGCAGCCAGGGUCAUCAGCUGUUUACCCCGUCCUUUGUUCCCUGCGUCUUGUUGACAGGGCACCCACAGCCGGGGUAUUAAUGAGAUUAGCAGAUUACUGCAGCCCCUCCCCGCUCUCAACCUCUGCCCUCCCUCUUGUCCACUCGGCAGCCCUGCAGAGCUUCGCCGUGCUUCUUCUCCAGGCCGGGGCUGCACUGGGACUGGACCGUAAACACAACACACACGUGCACAAACACAUUUAAAUAUCCACGUCAUGUGCAUUUUACUCUCAAGUCAACGUUACGUGUGUGUGUGUGUGUGUGCGGCUCGGGCUCGGAGGUGGAGGCAGGAAGGCGCUGCAAGAGCGAUCCAGACAUGGAGUGACAGAUGAGCGCUGUUGUGGUUGAGGGGGUUUGUUGUUGUUGCCUCUGAAUUUGUCCCACUUUCCCAUCAGUCACCUGC